AUGGAAGUUCUAUUUCAGAUCACGUUGAACAAUGAAAUGUCAACUAUACAGCCUAGCUUUUUUCAGGUCGCAAUAAUCUAUUUUGGUCGUCUGCGGGAAUUAGUUGGUAUAUCGAGUGAAAAAAUUGAUUUUGAUUCUUCAAUUUCCUACACGCAGCAAAGUAUCCUUGAUCGUAUUAUUGAACAUCGUCCGAUAUUGAAAUCGUUUCUGGUCACAAAUACAUUUCGUUUGGCUGUUAAUCAACAGUAUCUUCUUGAGGGUGAUUUAAUUCAAUUUAGUAAAGAAAGCGAAGUAGCACUUCUUCCACCGUUUGGUGGUGGUGUGACAAGAGAUAAUUUCGAAGGUCGGCAAGUAACUCGUCUUUUCUACGAAGCGUAUGAACCUAUGGUUUUGCAAGAACUUCAUCGGUUGUGUGCUGAUGCUCGACGACAAUUUCAAGAUAUUAAACAUAUAGCCAUCUGCCAUCGUUUAGGUGAAGUGGUCAUUAGCGAAGCAUCCGUUGCUAUUUAUGUUUCGGGAGCUCAUCGUCGCGAUGUAUUGGACGCCGUUUCUUUUCUCAUCGAGCAACUCAAAGCCAAUGUUCCGAUAUGGAAAAAAGAGUUCUAUGAAGAUGAUCAAACUAAUAGCGAUGCAACAACAACUUCAUCUUGUUGGAAAGAAAAUAAAUAG